AUGUUGAAAAAUACCACUAAGUGUGAUAAUAUCAUAAAGCGAGAACAAAACAGGGUAUUAUUGCAAAAAAAAUUAUCUAAAGAUUCGGUUACAUCUACAAAAUUUUGCGAUUCUUCUGAAGAAAGAGAAGGAAGCUCAAAUACUAGUAGUAACGUAAGUUUUAAAAUAUUGGAAGAAUCGAACAUUACAAAGAAUUUAAAUGAAGAUAAGAGUUAUUCAUUUGAAUGUGAUAAAGAAGAAACUUUGAGAAAAGAUUAUAAAAAAUUAAAUAAAAAAAAUUCGAACAAAAUUAAUAAAUCAAACUCUUUAAACCAAACUAACGAAGAAAUUAUACGCGACAAAACAUCUGUACAAAACAAAAAAAUUCAUCACGAAGUUUUGGAAGAACAAGAAAAAGACAAUUCUAUUAAAUUAAACAAGAAUAAAGUAGGAAUAUAUUUUGAUAAUACAACAAAUAGCAUUAAUAAUAAUAUACAAAAGGAUAAUUCUGAUACAUUAGGAACAGAAUCUUAUAGCACUCAUAAAUCAAAUUUGAAUGAAGUGUUAAAUGUAUCAGGUGAUAAUUCAAAACAUCUACUCGCACCAAUUUCUUCUAAUGAUAUUAUAAAGAAAGAAGAUAGUAAUAUAUAUUAUAAUUUAAACGAAAAUAGUACAUAUUAUUAUCCAAAUAAUAAUUCAAAAAAUUAUAUAAAUAAGUUUCUCAAUAAUUAUAAUACACCCAACGUUGUAGAUUCUUUUUCAUACUGUGGUACGAAUUUUCAUUCGGGAAAUAUUAGUACUUCUUAUAAUGACAGAUAUUUGAAUGGAUAUUCGAAUAAUUAUAUGAUUAACAAUUCGAUUAAUAGUUCUAUUAAUAGUUCUAUUAAUAAUUCUAUUAAUAGUUCUAUUAAUAAUUCUAUUAAUAAUUCUAUUGAUAAUUCUAUUAAUAAUUCUAUUAAUAAUUCGAUUAGCCAUUUUAAUACUUCAUAUCCAAAUAGUAAUAAUAAUAAUAAUAAUAAUAAUAAUAAUUUGAAUUAUAGCAUGUCUAAUAAUUUUAACUCCUAUCCGAAUAACAUUUUGAAUUAUAAUUUAAAUAAUCAAUUUAUUAAUGCAUAUCCAAUUAAUAAUUUGAAUUAUAAUUCGACUAGCCAUUUUAAUAUGUAUCCAAAUAAAAAUAUGCUUAUUAAUGACACAUUAAAUAAUACAAAUAGCUAUAUAAAUAACAUGAAAUAUAGUGGUAAUAAUAUUAUGAGUGAACAAAACAAUAUAUUAAAUGAAACAGAAUUUAUAGGUUCAUACCAUAAUAGUAGUGCACCUAUAAUAAGCAAUCAAGAAAAUAAUAUUAGCAACUUAGGUAAUACCUCUGCAUAUGUGAACGAUAAUACAACAUAUGGUAAUAUCUCUGGAAGGAACAUGUACUCUGGUGUAAUAAAUUAUGAAAACAUAACGGAUGAUAAUAAAAUGAUUAAGAGUGAUAAUAAUGUAGUGCCCACCAUAAAUACAUUUUAUAGUAGUAAAAAUAUAGGUGAGAGUACGAAUGGAAAUGUUGUUGUAAGGAAAAAUUAUGUUGAUAAUACAUAUGAUAACAAUAGUAAUGAAGAACAUUCUAUUGAGAAUAAGGAAAUUUAUAAAUCAAAAUCAGUAUCAGUAUCAGAAAACGAAACAAUAAAAAAUGACAAUGUUUCUGUGUCGGUUUCUGAAAAGGUUAGUUCCCAUACUGAUUAUUCACGCGCUAAGCAUAGUUCUCAUGUAGUUGACAAAAGAAUAGUACAUGAAGGAUUUGAUACCAUUAAGAUUCCAAAAUAUAGAGAAGUAGAAAUUGUGGAAAAAAUUGUCGAAGUUCCAGUAGUACACAAGGUUAAUAAAUAUGUGAAUAAAUAUGAAAUUAAAGAGGUAGAGAAAGUGGUUAAGAAACAUAUAAAUAAAUAUGUGGAAACGAAGAUAGAAGUACCUGAAUUACAUUAUCAAGAUAAAAUAGUAGAAGUUCCUGAAUUACAAGAAGUAAUAAAAAUAAUAGAAAAACCUGAAAUCAAAGAAAGAAUUAUAUAUAAAAACAAAAUUGAGACAAAAAUAAUACCUAAAUAUAUUGAAGUCCCUGUAGUAAAGAUAGUGAAUAGAUAUGAAGAAUAUGAUGAUGUUGGAGAAGUCGUAAAAGCAGUGCCAGUUAAAAAAAUUGUCGAAAUACCAAAUGAAAUAAUAAAGAAGGUAAAGGUACCUGUAAAGAAAAUAAUUGAACGACCUAAUUACGUCCCAGUAAUUAAAUAUAGAGAUAUUCCUAUAGAAAAGAUUAGAUAUGUUCCUAAAAUAGAAACAGUUGAAUUAGUAAAGAAGAUACCUAAAAUAAUAGAUGUUCCAGUACCUGUAAAAGUGCCCAAAAUUAAGGUUAUCGAUAAACCAUUUUACGUAAAUAAAUAUGUGGACAAGCCUGUGGUUAUACCUGUUUCUAAGACAAUAAAACCAGUAUAUAAAUAUGAGGGUAAAAAGAUUAUAGAAAUACCAAUACACAAACCAUAUUUAGUUACUCAUGAUACGGUAGUUAAUAAGAAUGUGGAAAAUAAUAUGAAUAGUGGAAGAUAUUCUGUAUAUGCUAAAAGGUUAGAUUUGAAUUCAUUUGAUCCUAUAAAACGAAAUGAAUUAUUUAAUUUGGUAAAUAAGGACAAUAUAAAUUUUCAACGAUCAAUGAGUGUAGAUGAUUUCGUUAAUAAUAAUAGUUAUGUUGAUGGAAAAGAAAAGUACACUGACAAAUUAAAUGAAAAUAGUGUUUUUAAUAAUUAUAAUGGCAUAGGAAAUAAAGAUAAUCUGGAUAAUAUGAAUAAAAUAAAAUUUACACAAAGUUUGAAUAAUAAUAAUAAUAUGAGUACUACUAAACAUUCUAAUAUGGAAGUAUCAUCACAAGGAUAUGGUUACAUAAAUGAUGGAAAGGAAAAUAUGUAUAAUAAUUAUAACAAUAUGAAUAAUUUAAAUAUUAAAGGAAGCGAGGAUGCGUCUUUUCAUACAAAGAAAAGUAUAUUUGAUAAUUUAAAUAAUGAUAAUAUUAAUAAUAUUAAUAAUAAUAAUAAUAUUAAUAAGAAUUAUGAGGAAAAUAGAAAAUCAUCCUAUGGUACGAGCAUACAUAAUACACCUAACAUUUUACCAAAUAGACAUAAUUCUAUGUAUCCUUCGAAUGGUAAUCAUAUGGGAGAGUUUAUUUCAUUAAAGUCUUUCCAAAAUAAAAAAUAUAGUAAUAGUACAAUAGUUGAUAGUGAAAAGGCUAUGAAUUAUACGUAUGGUAACUUUUUAUCACCAACUGGAGUGUAUAAUAAUGGAUUAUAUAUGGAAAACAAAGAUAAGAACAAUAUGGUAUAUGAGAAUAAUAAAAAGGACAUGAAUACAAUAAAUUACAAUAAUAAUAAUAAUAAUAAUAAUAAUAAUAAUAUUUAUUAUAGUGCGAAUAAUAAAUCACCUAACAAUAUUCACAAAUUAAAUAUGAGCAAUUCAAUGAUGAAAACGAAUACAUUUGGAAAUUAUCCCAACAUAUACAGAAAUAGUUAUAUGGAAAAUAAACCGGAGGAUAUGUAUUUAAAUAGGUACACAACAAAAUCUAACAUCAUCAACAACAACAACAACAAUAAUAAUAAUAAUAAUAAUAGUAAUAAUAGUAAUAAUAGUAAUUAUUUUUAUAAUGGUCGUAAUAGUAGUAUUAAUAAUGCUUUUGCUUAUAAACAAUAUUAUGACAGUAACAAAAAUGGAAACAACCAACAUAGAUUAAGUCAUCCAAGUAAUAUGGUUCAUAAUAUCAAUAAUUCUAGAACAAGAAGUCCAAGUACAUGUUCAGCAGAUGGAAUUAGCGCAUAUGUAGUUGAAUAUGUUGGUGACGAAAAUAUAAUGUACAAUAAUGGAAAUACACCUUUUUCUUCUAAUGGUUUAUUAAACAAUUUGGGAAAAACAAUGGAAGGAAGUAAUUAUUCCUUUAAUGGAGUACCAGUAAAUCAAAAGUAA